AUGGGAGACCCUGCAUCUGGUCCACUUCGAAGCAGCAGGACAACGGGGAACACACCAUAUUCCGUGAUCGGUGUGGACUUUGCGGGUCCUAUUCGUUACCGCGCAAGCAAGAAAGUUGAAAAGACAGCUUACUUAGUGGUUUUCGCGUGCAGCCUCACACGAGGAGUACACCUGGAACUGUUAGAGAGCCUUGAAACUGAAGAGUUUCUACAAAGUUUUAAACGCUUUAUUGCGCGACGAGGAAGACCUUCAGUCGUGUAUUCCGACAACGGAGCCACCUUUAAAGCGGCAGUGACAUGGCUAAGGAAAGUUCGGAAAGAAGAGAAAUUCCACGAAGCUCUUUGCAACUUGAGAUUGUUUGGCGAUUAA